AUGCCAUGCAAAAUUGAAAAAUUCGCACACGAGCCAGGGAUGUACUUUGAGAAGAUCGGAAAACUACAAUUAAUAGAAUCUACAUGGAAAAUAGUGAUCAAGACUGACGUUAUUAGCAUCAGCCAUCGAUGGCACGCACUACAAGAGUACAUCCAACGAGCGGAAAAAUACUGCAAGAAAACAACAGGAAGCACCAAUAGGAUGUGCCAAAACACACUAACAAUACUACGUAAAGAAAACGCGAAAGGCAUGGCGACGAUGAUACGGCUAAUGUCCAUGUACGAACACCCCAGAAGCAAACGAGGAUUAAUAAACGCCAUUGGAACUAUAGGCAAAACCUUGUUCGGGACCAUAGACUCCGAAGACGCAAGCAGAAUAAAAGAGCAGAUGAAAAUGCUGCAAAACAAUCAAAGGAUAAAUAACCACGUCAUAAAAAAUCAAUUAAAGAUAAUAAACGGCACAAUAGGGCACUUGAAAUCCCUCGAGCAAACACUAAAUUAUAACGAAAAUCUGCUGGCAAAAAUUGCAAACCAAAUCCGCCAAAAGCAAGCUGACACCCUACUACGAGAAGAAAUCAAUGAAUACUUAACACUCAUCAAUGCAAUAAUAAUGGAUCUAACCAACGACAUGGAGGACAUCAUCGAAUACCUCACACACACACGGGAUGCAACCAUUAUGACACACCUACUGCCUGUCGACCAAAUAAUCCAGGAAUUGGAUGAAGCCACCCUACAGCUGGCAAAAGAAAAGCAUUUCCCUUUCAAGGUGGAACUUGGAAACUGGCAAACCAUCAUAAAAUACGUAAAAACAAGCGCAUAUUUCAGCAGCCCCUUCGUAUAUACGAUCCUGAAAUUUCCAAUGAUUACUCAACCAGAGUACGAUAUCGUCAACGUGAUACCACUGCUUGUACACGAGCAUGGCAACGUAUUCACAAUAGCGAAAAUUACACACCCAACAUUGGGAAUUGACAAAGCUAAUCGCCACUACCUUGUGUUAAAAGAACACGAACUAAGCACAUGUGUACAGGAACGUGAUACCUACACGUGCGACCAAGGUCAGCCUAUCUACCAUGUGCAAGAAAAUGCACCUUGCGAAGUGCAAACUUAUAUAGAAAUAACUGAUAAAAAAUGCGAAACCCGACACCUUGUAACAAACGAAACGAUUUGGAUAGCUCUAACAGAGCCAAGGGCUUGGAUAUUUUCGACGGCAAAAGAGCAGGAGAUAACAAUAACCUGCACAGAUCAACAGGAAGAAAAGCAUACCCUCAAUCGAUCGGGAAAAAUAACAGUGAAUGCUGGAUGUUCCCUGACCUCAAGAUUCGUCAUAUUACGAGCACCAGAACAAGAGAUAACACACCAGAUCGUAGCCCACGUGCCCGGCUACAAUCUCUCGCGACUCCGCGAAGAGGAUAAGAGAAGACUAAAACCAGUGCCGGUACCGCAGUUACAAAAAGUUAUAAAAGACUCUAACGAACUAACGGCACUCAGUCAAAGUUUGGACGAAAUAACGUCUCAAACGAACAAUACUAACUUUAUAGAGACAAUUGCAUAUCCAAUGGGAUCGGCAAUACUAAUAAGCAUAGUAAUCAUUAGUAUUGUAAUUAUUAUUGUAAUAGUUAAUAAGCGUAGAAAAACUAAAUUCAUAAGCAAUCCGAUAUACGAGGGCCCGAUACAGCCUUAA